AUGAAUGUAGUAGAACUAUUUGUAGGUACAGAUUGUAUAGAUCAAAUGUUGAAAUAUUUAGGUCAAUAUGAUAGAAAGAGAUUAAUAUUAAUUUCUCAUAACGGCAGUGGAUUCGACAACUGGAUCGUGCUUAAAAAUGCAAAAAAACUAACUCAUUGCCCUUUAAAAACACCCAGAGGAAUUCUAUCUUUUCCUUUAUCUAAUCCAUACACGGAUGAAGAUUUACAGAAAAAAUGGAAAAGACAGAAAGAAAUAAAGGGUAAUUAUUUACAACAUAUUAAUUUCACGUGUUCCUACCAACACGAAUCCUCUAGUUUGGCUGCAUGGGGAAAUUCUUCCAAUCUUCCCGCGAAUUUGAGAAAGAUUGCCGACGUAGAUAUCGCUAAAUACACGCAAGACAACUGGGAGGAAUUGAGACACGAAUGGGAACCUUACGCAAAGAGAGACACUCUCUGUUUAGGGUCUUUUUUGAUAAAAUACAACCAAGUGACGAAAGAAGUUGUAAACCAGAAUAUGUUCAAUAAUCUAACGGCUCCAUCUUUAUCUUUAAAGGGUUGGUAUUAUUUAUAUCAUUACGAUAAAGAAAUGGUGGAAGAAGAAUGGUAUGAAACUACUAGAAUGGUUGCGAAACAUACCGAAAAAGAAAACGUAGAAAAAGUUUAUUCGCACACUAAUCCUUCUAUAAGAAAUUUUAUCAGACGAUCUAUUAAAGGAGGAAGAGUUUCGGCAAAUAGAAAAUCAUUUGAAACGAACAAAAUGGAUGAAAUUUGUAACGUAUUAAAGGAAUAUACAGAACUUGAAAGUAAUAACAUAAUUGAUUUAUUCAAAGAAUACAGCGCAAGGACAAAAGACAAAACGGAGGUUCAUUCGAGACUUACAAAAAUACCAAAAAAUGUACCAAACUAA